AAUUUCAAAAUUCAAUGGAAGUAUCUGGAAAUUUCUAGAAAUUUCUUGAAAUUUCGAUACGAACUCUCCGUGAAUAUUCGUGAGAACGAAUUAAUCGUUGAAGGGAAACAUGAAGAAAGGAACGACGAAAAUGGUACCAUUCAACGUCAUUUUAUUCGCAAAUAUGAAAUUCCAAGCGAUGUGCAAAUGGAUACAAUUGAAUCGAAUUUAUCCGACCACGGAGUAUUGAGUAUCAACGCCAGGAAGGUACCAUCAGACAGUGUACCAUCAGAAGGAUCAAACCAGAACAAAAACAAUGAACCGUACUAA